AUGCCGGGGAAUAUUUUUUCCUUUUCCUCGUUCGGGACGAAUCCGUCCGAGACCACACGGUUCGGGACGACUACUACCGCGACCACACGUUUCGGGACCGAAACGUCCCGGUCCGCGACGCGAGGAACCAAAUCGUCCGAGUAUCGCGCAUUCCGUAUUCCACAUUCUGGCUUCCGCACCGACCGAACGCCUCGCUCUCGUCUCUUCCUUCCUCUCUCGCACAAAGUCGUCUUUGAAAUCUCCCGUUUCGAGAAGGCCCACCCCGGGCCCACCGCUCGACACGAAUCGCGGCAUCUUCUCCGAACGGCCUUCGCGAGAGGCACGAAGCGGGGGAAAUGUUGGCAUCCGCCGGUUACACGAGCGGACCUCUUUCCUUCUCCCUCGUCACCCUCUUAUAGAGUGGGGCAACGGGACCGCGAGGAGUUAAAAAUACGGGAAGAGGAUGCAAACGAGUAUAAGGUGGUGCGGGACCUGCCAGGAUGGCUUCGGCCCAGCAUCCGUCCUCAUUAUUUCUCUGGAAUCGGGAGGCGUCCUCCACCUCUUCUCCUCGUCCCAACCGCCUCUUCUCUCCGUCUCUCACCGUCUCUCUCUCUCUCUCUCGCGGCCGCGCUGGACGACGAGCAGAUCAACACCCUCCGGAAGACCUUCCAGAUGUUCGACUCCGGGAAGACCGGCCUCAUCGACUGCGAAAAGGUCCGGACGAUCCUGAACACCAUGGGCCAGCAGUACGACGCGGACGCCCUCGAGGCCAUGCUGGAGACGCACAACAUCGACGGGUCGGGAAAGAUCAACUUUGACGGAUUCUGCGAGGUCGUGGGUCACUUCUUAGAGGAAGAAGACAGUGAAGCCAUGCAACAGGAGUUGAAGGAAGCCUUUCGUCUCUACGACAAGGAAGGCAACGGGUACAUCCCGACGUCGUGUCUCCGCGAGAUCCUGGCAGCCCUCGACGACAAGCUCACCAGCGAGCAGCUGGACGAGAUGAUCGACGAGAUCGACACGGACGGCUCCGGCACCGUCGACUUCGAAGAAUUCAUGGAGAUGAUGACGGGAGAGUAAAAGCAAAACGGACGUCUCUUUCCAUUUUCGUUUUGAACGCGACACGCAGAAGGCCUUCCUACCUCCUCCUCCUCCACGGAUUCCACGAUAGCACGGAUCGCUAGGGCCAUUCGCCUCUCCCGUUUCCACGAGCCAGGAGCUUCUCCUCAUCAUCAUCAGUAGCUUCCACCCCCUCCCUCUCCCCCCCCUCCUUUAUUGUUCAUCAUAGGCUCCAAGUAAAUGUCACAGGCUUUUCCAUCUGUGUAACAUUUAGACCGAUGAGAAAAGCGAUUCGAGAACGAGGAAUAAAAGAAAAAAUUUUCCUA